GCUGGGCUCGCGCGGUUGGGGGGGGGGGUAUUUAGCAUUCACCCGAGGCACUCGACUCUUUCCUUAAAUGAAGCAUGCUAAAGGUAACACUUCUACUUCAACGCGGUCUCAUUCGGGCAAUUCGUCGAGCGCCUCCGAUUCCCUCCGCGUCUGUCCGUCAAAUCCUUUGCAGUUUCUACUUUUUUAACACCCGAGCUCCUGAACCCGAUAGAAUUUUAGACUCGGAAGAAGAAAACCCCAGCUGCUUGUCAUAUGGUGUUGAGAAGCUGCCAAAAAGCGACUACAUUGGGUCUGCUUUUCAGAGCUGGAAAUUCCCCGAGAAAAUAUCGGACUCAAAUGGAGAAAACCCUGGUUGCUUGUCUCAUAUGAUUGAGAAGCUGCAAAAGGAUGAGACCGUUGGGUCUUCCUUUCAAAGAUGGAUGGGUUAUGGGUUCCCCAUUAAUAGAGGCGAGAUUUUCCAUGCAAUUAACCGUCUUAGGAAGCUCAAGAUGAACAAACGAGCGCUUGAGGUAAUGGAGUGGGUGAUUAGGGAAAGGCCAUACAAACCUAAAGAACUAGACUACUCUUAUCUAUUGGAAUUUACAACUAGACUUCAUGGGAUAAUUCAGGGUGAAAGACUAUUCUCUCGUGUCCCGCCUGAGUUCCAGAAUGAGUUGCUCUACAACAAUCUUGUGAUCGCAUGCUUGGAUAAAGGUUCGAUAAGGCUUUCACUUGCAUACAUGAAGAAAAUGAGGGAACUGGGUCAUCCCAUCUCACACUUGGUCUUCAACCGCCUCAUUAUCCUCCAUUCCUCCCCAAGCCGCAGGAAAGUUAUCCCCAAAAUCCUCACUCAGAUGAAGGCUGAUAAGGUGCCUUCACAUGUUUCAACCUACAACAUUCUUAUGAAAAUGGAAGCCAACGAACACAAUAUUGAAGGGCUGAUGAAGGUAUUCAGUGACAUGAAACGAGCAAAAGUUGAGCCAAAUGAAAUAUCUUACUGCAUUGUAGCCACUGCACAUGCAGUGGCAAGGUUGAACAUUGUGGCCGAAGCCUAUGUCGAAUCUGUGGAGAUGUCUGUUACAGGGAAUAACUGGUCAACACUGGAUGUCCUAAUCAUCUUGUAUGGGUAUUUAGGGAAAAGGAAGGAGCUAGAGAGAACUUGGAGUAUUGUGCAAGAACUCCCUCAUGUUAGGUCUAAAAGUUACGUACUGGCAAUUGAAGCAUUUGGUAGAGUUGGACAACUAAGUCGGGCCGAAGAGCUAUGGUUUGAAAUGAAGUCGGUAAAAGGGUUAAAAUCAAGUGAGCAGUUCAACUCUAUAAUAUCUGUAUAUUGCAAACAUGGUUUGAUUGAUAAAGCAUCUACGCUUUUUUUGGAAAUGGAGAUGAAUGGGUGCAAACCAAAUGCCAUAACAUAUCGACAUCUUGCUUUGGGUUGCCUAAAAGCAGAACUCGUGGUGGAAGCCUUGAAGACUCUAGAGUUGGGGAUGGAUCUAACAACGAGCAAGAGGGUCAGGAAUUCAACCCCAUGGUUGGAGACCACGCUUUCAAUAAUUGAGAUUUUUGCAGAGAAGGGUGAUGUAGUGAAUGUAGAGAAGUUGUUUGAAGAACUUAGGAAAGCUAAGUAUAUCAGGUAUACCUUUGUGUACAAUACCUUGCUCAAGGCAUAUGUGAAGGCCAAGAAAUAUGACCCAAAUUUUUUGAGAAGGAUGAUUCUAGGAGGAGCUAGGCCAGAUUCUGAGACCUAUAGCCUGAUAAAACUUGCAGAACAGUUUCGAAGCUGAUGUUAAUUUUUAGAUUGUUUGUUAUAGCAUUAUUUUUUUUUUCU